AUGGGCUUGAUAUCGUUGAAUAAAUUACUGAUACAUUUGAAGUUUAAGGCACAGGCACACACAUGUUGGCAAGGUGUGGGAAGACAUUACAGUGCAGUCACGAAAACAAGCAUUUUUGGAGGGUUUGUCGACGGGUACCAAGAAUACUACUUCCAAAGGCAACCGGCUAAUUAUUUUACAUAUAGGAACAAGUAUUCGUGCCAGAAUCGGAAUUGGUGUUUGAAUGCAGCCAAGUUCAAACAUUGGUUUCAAGCAAUGCUACCGAGACUUAAGCCAAAAGCAGUAGUUGUCAUGGAUAAUGCCAGCUACCGCUCAAGACGCCAGGAAAAAAUCCCAGUUACUAGUUGGAAAAAAAUUGAUAUUCAAGAAUGGCUUUCAUCAAAGCAAAUUUCUUUUGAGGCAAAGGAAAAGUCCAGCUCUUAA